GGCUUCUCUAUGGCCUCCCGGAAAGCAGUUACUAAGCAGGGCAGUCCGCCAUCGGCCUUGGGUCUUCCGCUCCAGGCCCCGCUCGAGCACAGGGUGAAAAUGGAGAAGAACCCGUCCUGUUCCAGACCGGUGGAGGGUGCCCGUAAGGGACCUCGCGGCGUUCAGGCUGGCGGCGCGAAGGAUCUCCCGCGUCGGGGGAUGCCCCCCCAGAUUAAACAGGAACCGGACGAGGGGCUGGCCCAGCAGUGGGAGGCCCAGUGGCAGGAGUUCCUGAAGGUGGUGCAGUCCCCUCAGUCGGGAUGGGGGACCCCGCAGCUGCCGGAGCUGAUGGUUUUUGGCGACCCGAAGGGUUUCCCGGCCGCUCGCGGGACGAUCCAGCAUGCCUUCGGCAGGGGAGGCGCCUGGAAGGUGAAGGAGGAGGUCUUGGAAGAGGAGGCCGUCGGCGCAGAGACGCAGCGGCAACGCUUCCGGCACUUCUCCUACCGGGAGGCCGAGGGGCCCCGCGAGGCCUGUGGCCGCCUCCGGGAACUGUGUCAUCAGUGGCUGAAGCCGGAGCGCCACACCAAGGAGCAGAUCUUGGAGACGCUGGUCCUGGAGCAGUUCCUCAGCAUCCUGCCGCCGGGGAUCCAGGGCUGCGUCAGGGAGCGGGGCCCCGAGACCUGUGCCCAGGCGGUGGCCCUGGCCGAGGGCUUUCUCCUGAGGCAGCAGGAAGCUGAGCGUCCGCGGCAACUGGUGAGAGACGCUUUGUCCGUCAUCGUUCUGGGGAAGCGCUUAGGCAAUGAUGAAGGUUCUGAUGCCAGUUGGCCGAACUGCUGUGAUGACACAGAAUGCUCAGACAACCCACUAAUUUGCCAUCCAGCUUUUGCUAGGGAAGGGGGAAUUGUCGGUGUGGCUGAGACCAUGCCCCGACUCAAAGGCAGACUGAAACGCUGGGAAGAGAGCUUGGAGGCCACAGUGGGGAGGCGAGGCAAAGGAAGGAUGGAGGAUAGGUCAAGGGCCUUGAAGGAAGCACAGCUGGAGAAAAGCUUGAGAAAGAACGGCAGAGGAAGCGGCAGGUUGUUGAACGAACACGAGAGGCAGACCGUGCGGCCGCUGGACUACCCCGAGCGAGAGGCUCUGUGCGGGACGUCGUUACAGAAACCCCGUGAGAAUCUCUGUCAUGACACAGGGAGAGCUUCCGAGAACCAGCCGAGACCAGAGCGGCAUCAGGGCAUCCACCCCGGGAAGAGAGCAGCCGAGGCCAUUCCCUGCAGGGUGGGCUACGAGGACCUCAGCAAGAUCAUCUUCCAAGAGCGGAUGCAGGAGAACCAGCGGCAGAAGAGGUGCGUUGUCCUCCGCCGGCGGAUCCACACCGAGGAGAGGCUCUACAAGUGCCAGGACUGCCGGAAGAGCUUCGACCACCGCUCCCACUUCAUCCGGCACAAGAAGAUCCAUACGGGGGAGAAGCCCUUCCAGUGCACCGACUGCGGGAAGAGCUUCAACCGCAACUCCAACCUCACCACGCACAUGCGGACCCACACGGGCGAGAAGCCCUACAAAUGCUCAGACUGCGGGAAGAGCUUCCGCUGGAGCUCGGAUUUCAUCGUCCACGAAAGGACCCACACCGGGGAGAAACCGUACAGCUGUGCCGACUGCGGGAAGGCCUUCCGCCGCAGCUCGAAUCUCACUGCCCACGAAAGGACCCACCGAGGAGAGAAGCCCUACAAGUGUUUGGACUGCGGGAAAAGCUUCACCCGGGGUUUAUAUCUAAUCGCACACAGGAAAAUGCACACGGGAGAUUGGGAUGUAAAUUUGGUGCUGUACAAGGAAGACAGAGAGAACUGCAUUUCCCAGAAGGCCCUGCGAGUCUCGGUUUCCCGAAGGGGGGUGGUCCUAGAGGGGAAGAAGGAAAUUUGGGGAGGGAGUGUGGCAUUCCGGGAGGCGCCUCUCCUUCCUGGUUCCCCCUGGCUGGAGGGAGAAUUUGGCUUUUGCACGCUUGCAGGACGGAGAUCCUCAAUAUCCUUUGAGGAGGUAGCCGUGUCCUUUACGGAGGAAGAAUGGAAUCUCCUGGAUCCAGCCCAGAGGAACUUCUACUGGGAAGUGAUGCAGGAAACGUAUGAGACGGUGGCCUUUUUGGGGGACUACGUUUCCCAGAAGGCCUCGCAAGCACCAGAAAGGCCAACCCUGCCUUUUCUGGGUGUCCUGGGGACAGUUUGUCCUAGACAGGGAGAAAGAAAUUUGGGGAACAUGGAAUUCCACUGGGCCUCUCUUCUUUCUCGUUUCCCCCGGCUGGAGGAAGAAUUUGGUUCUUCAGUAUCUGCAGGAAAGAGAUCCCCAGUGUCCUUUGAGGAGGUAGCCGUGUCCUUCACAGAAGAAGAAUGGAGUCUGUUGGAUCCAGCCCAAAGAAACUUCUACUGGGAAGUGCUGGAGGAAAACUAUGAGACGGUGGCCUCUCUCGUUGCAGAUGUGAGGGAGAUGGCGAGUGAGAAGGAAUCAGGAAGGACGGUUGCGGGAAAAGUGGAAGACCUGCAGGUAGAAGCGAAGUCUGGGGAUCAAGUGCUGCCGGGGAGACAGUGCAGAAUGACAAGGGAAACAGAAGAGAGGCAGUGGAAGGAAUUGGUUGACUGUCAGAGCAGAACUCAGCCUGAGGUCUCCGCCCAGGAUGAAACGUGGAACAGAAAGGGAAGCUACGAUUCCAUGGAUAAGGAAGGGUUGGGCUACAGACUCAGUUUUAGAACAUUUCUGACUGUUACAACAUCCUGGAAAACGUAUACAUGCUUGGAAUGUGGAAGGAUUUUCUCUGACAAUAGCCACCUAACAGCACAUCAAAAGGUUCACACAGGGGAGAAGCCAUAUAAAUGCCUGGAGUGUGGAAAGAGCUUCUUUCAUAAGAGUAGCCUAACUGCACAUCAAAAGACUCAUAUGGGGGAGAAGACAUAUAAAUGCUUGCAGUGUGGAAAGAGCUUCUUUUGCAAUCGUCACCUAACUAAACAUCAAAAGAUUCAUACCGGAGAGAAGCCAUAUAAAUGUGUGAAAUGCGGAAAGAGUUUCUACCAGAAUGUCCACCUAAGAACACAUCAAAAGAUUCAUACAGGGGAGAAGCCAUAUAAAUGCUUGGAGUGUGGAAAGAGCUUCUCUGAGAAUGCCACCCUAACUGGACAUCUAAGGAUUCAUACAGGGCAGAAGCCAUAUAAAUGCCUGGAGUGUGGGAAAAGCUUCUUUCAGAAAAAAAGCCUAACUACACAUCAAAGGAUUCAUACAGGGGGGAAGCCAUAUAAAUGCUUGGAGUGUGGAAAGAGUUUCUUGUGCAGUGGCCACCUAACUACACAUCAGAAGGUUCACACUGGAGAGAAGCCAUAUAAAUGUCAGGAGUGUGGAAAGAGUUUCUUUUCCAAUGGCCACCUAUCUGCACAUUGGAAAGUUCAUACAGGUGAGAAGCCAUAUAAAUGCUUGGAGUGUGGAAAGAGCUUCAUUUGGAAUGGCUGCCUAACUGCACAUCAUAGGAUUCAUACAGGGGAGAAGCCCUAUAAAUGCCUGGAGUGUGGGAAGAGCUUCUUUCGGAGUAGCCACUUAACUACACAUCAAAAGGUUCACACUGGAGUGAAGCCAUAUAAGUGCUUAGAGUGUGGAAAGUGCUUCCAUUCCUGUAGUCAUUUAACUAGACACCAAACGAUUCACACAGGGGAGAAGCCGUAUAAAUGCUUGGAGUGUGGAAAGAGUUUCUCUCGAUAUGACCACCUAACUGUACAUCAAAAGGUUCACACUGGGGAAAAGCCAUAUAAAUGCUUCGAGUGUGGAAAGUGUUUUUCUCAAAACUGCCAUCGAAAGGCACAUGAAAAGGUUCACCUGGGAGAAACCAUAUGAAUGCCUGGAGUAUGGAAAGAGGAUGAGUCAGAGGUGAAGCCUUACCUUCCACCACAAGGUUCACACAGGGGAAGAGCCCUCCAAUCAGUUAGCAUGUGGGCAAUCGGUUAAAGUGGCUGACCUUGCCAAUUUGUUCUCAUGGCCUGUUUUAUCAUACUUCCCUGGGUAAGGCCCAUCUCUGUGCCCAUGUCUCCCCUUUC